UGUGGCUUAUUUUUUUCGUUGUGCAUGAUGUUUAUUGUUGUCAGCCCCAUUACAUGGUUUCCCUUAAACAUGAUCCCAAACACAAUUGAUGUGGGAGGGGGUAAGCCUCACACACUUUCAGAACUAAAAACAAAAUCUGAUAAUACUUGAUUGUGCCCAAUAAACUGCUAAAGAAUUUUAAAUAAGAAAUGUAAAAUAACAAUCUCCACUGAUACAAUUCAGACUAUAAUAUAUAUAAAAACUUUCAUUUCAAAACUUUUCGUAUUACAGAAAUUUAGUCAUUGGACAAAAAUAGUGGAUAUUAUAAAGCCUACUCAAUCAAAUAUAGUUCACUGUCCAGCCCCAGUUUCAAGAUAAAUAACACUUCACUUGUUACUUUUUACAUUAUGAUACGACCAAUGUCCCACACCAACCUCUUCCUAGAACUACAUUAGAAGUCAGAUAAGCCUUAAUUCAAUCACAGUGUAGCCAUUACUUCAAUAUCUAAAAAAAUAUAUAUCAGUGGUUUUGCUGUUGUAAUACUCUAUAUUAUUUCAUCUCAUCUCAUACUCACCCUUGUGAUCAUUUAAAUUUUGAUUUCAUAUUUUUAAGAACAUUAGUAACCAAACCACAUUGGCCCCCAUUGACUUCCAUUGAGAGACCAUGGACACAUUCCUCGAAGUAUCUUCUUUUGUGUUUCUAAGAGGAAUGCGUUAUAUAAAAAUAAACAUAUGUAUUUUAUGCUCGAACUAUCUCACAGACAGGGUUUAAACCUAGUCACAGACUAUUUUAAAGGUUCAAGGUGUCUUAAUCUAAAACAAUUUAAACUGACAUCUCUUAAAAUAUAUCAGUGUCAUUGUUUUGUCUCAAAAUGCGCACCAGUAAUGAUUUUGCAAAGUAUGGAUGGAAAGGAUGGCAAAGUAUGUUUUUAAAAACGACUUACAUAUCCUCAAUUUAACAAAGCCCUAGUCUUGUUUUAAAAAGACCCCUGUCAGGGAAACCGCCCAAAGUGUUUUCCAGUAGAGUUGACUAUAAUCUCUUAAUUCCUCAAAUACUGCCAUCUGCUGGACACCAAGCCUAGGAACUGCCCUUUCAUAUAUUUAUUUGACAAUAUAAUAUUUUUUUAACAUAUAAAAGUAAGAGUUUAUCUUUUUCCAGCUUUACAAAUCAUUUACGGUUUUCGCAAAAUAAACGUAAAUACCGUUAUAAAAUGUCUUGAGGCGUAUUACGUAGUUUAGAGUUUGAUUGGUUUGCCUGAAUCUGUUUCUGGUCGAUGAAUCGUCAAUCAUUUUAUCGAGUCUGAUCUGCACGCAGACCGUCCGCAGAUGUCGAAUCGGUUUCCUGAUCGGAUGGUUUUCUUCUAUAAGAUUUUACAUAUUAAAACACGAGGGACAAUCCCCCUGGAGCAACAUGGAGUAAAGGACACACUGGUGGUGGUUGCUGGGAUCGAACCAGCAACCUUUGAUUUACCAGUUCAGUGGUUUAACCCACUAGACCACCAUCCCCAGAUGUGAUGCAAUGUGUAUACACAAUUUAAGCUUUGCAUUGUUCUUGGAAAGUUGUGUGCCCCCGGUUGCAAAUUGCCUGAACCAUUUUGGGAGUCCACCGCUCUUGGACCCAGUUUCCCUCCAGCUAGCACAAAUAAAGACUCAGUUGGCAUUGCACCAGCUGAAUGCGUUUGCUGGCAGAAGCAUAACUCCCCCAGCAAUUGUUUCACCUUCUUUGACCUUGCUCAACUUUCUUAAGGUCACAAUGUCCCAUCAAAGAUAUAAUCCCUGUGGUGGACAGUUUCCUGUUGAUCAGAGACCAAUCGUGCCUGGCCAGUAUUGUCCGGGGUCACAGCCUGGAUUAGUGCUGGGAUCAGCCCGUCAUGGUCCGGGAUCUAUGUCUAAUUCUCGUGGGGGUUUGAUGGGUAACCAGCAGAUGCCCAUCUCUUUGGGACGUCAGUCACAGAUUUCUCCAGAUCUUGAAGCUUCUAUAGACAGAAACCUUCGGGGAGCCCGUGAGGAAGUUCGCCUUCUUGCUCAAAUGUUGCAGCAGCCCAAAUCGACAGACCCCCGAAUGAAAAAGGACAUGAGGGAUAAAGUACUUCCGUCAGGAGGAAGUGGUUUUACAGGGACUUCGAGAUCUGAUGAUGUGGACUGGUCCAGGUACCAGGCACCUAGCAAGCUCUUAGCCUCCUCAAGCAUGGAUUGUUCUCCAAGUUCCUCUCAGAUGUUCCAGUUGUCAGGUUUUGGUGGAAGUGUGGGAUCUAGGCUUUCGGGUAGCCAACCACCACCAGGACAACAGCCUUUACGCUACACCUCGGAAAGUGCCAGCAGCAUCCUAGCAAGCUUUGGACUCUCAAAUGAGGACCUCGAGCUUCUAAGCCACUAUCCAGAUGAUCAGCUGACUCCUGACAACCUACCGUUCAUUUUACGAGACAUCCGUAUGCGUAAAGUGAAGAGGAACGUUAAUGCAAGAUCUGAACUCAUAGACUAUGACCCUCGACAAGUCAUUGACUAUGGACAUUCUAGUAAAUUUGGCUAUCCUGAGGAGGGCCCGGAUGGGUUUACAAGUGAGCAUCUACCUGAAGAGUCACCUAAGUUUGUGAGAGAAGUCCCUGCCCCCAUCUUUAGUGGAAUUGGUGUUAAAAAGCAUCCUCAGCCAUGUCAAGCUGCUUCAGGAGCUGCGCACGUUUCAAGUCUUCAAAAGCCUCUGGCAAUGGACUCAAGACCCACUAAGACGAUUCCAGGAAGACCAGCUGUUUCCCAGGCUGUUCAACCACCUUCACAGAUUCCACCUCUGCUUGGUGUUCCAUCAAUAAUGAACGCUGAUAAUAUCUCCGGACCUCCAACUGCUAAUUGGAUUCCAUUCAUUCCACCCCCAGUCAGCGCGACCAUAACCAAGAGGCUCCCGACUCCUACCAUGAUGAAUGAUUACUCUGCAGCGACUCCAAGAAUCUUUCCUCAUACAUGCUCUCUAUGUAACAUUGAAUGUGUCCAGAUUAAGGACUGGAUUGAACACCAGAACACAAAUUUACACAUUGAGAAUUGUAGGCUUCUAAGGAAACAAUACCCUGACUGGAAUGCUGAAGCUGUGUCUGUUUCAAGACCUGAUCCCAAAUUGGAACACAGCAGCUCCAAACGUCACACCCUACCUCACUCGUACUCCAGAUCCCCUAGCCCGAAGCGGCGCCAUGACUCAAGUCGUCGCAGACGUUCACAUUCUCGUUCGCGAUCCAGGAGCCCCCGGAGGUACCGGCGAUCCAGCCGGUCUAGGUCUCCCCGUAGGAGCAGGUCUCGCUCCCCCCGUAGGAAGACUAGAGUCAGCCCUUACAGACGGAGGUCCCGUACUCCAACUUACCAACGGUCAAGGUCUCCAAAUUACAACAGCAGGCGUUCUCCUGGACGCCGCUCAAGCCCCCACCGGCAGCAGAGAUCGAGCAGUAGUGAACGGCUGGCCAAAAAACUCAUCAUGUCAUCAGCUGACCUCUCAUCAAUUACAGAUAGUAAAACCUUGAAGGCUGUGGUAGAGUCCUUAGCACCAGCCCUACUGGCUGAACUAGCAAAGAAGAAAAGUAGUUCCACUGCUUCCUCUUCAAAGGGUACCAGCAGCAGUAGCAAACGGCCUUUGUCUCCUAAGAGAAGCGAAUCUUCCUCGUCUAGCAAAACCCUUACCCAGAAGACUACUACAUAUUUAGAGACUACAUCCAAGGGCGCUCCAGGCACGUCCUGUUUGCUAAGGAUCAAAGGAGUUCCUUCCCGCACCACCAGCAAAGAACUGACUGAUGCCAUUGAACCUUACGGCAAGAUUCAUACUGCCAUCCUUCUUAAGGCAAUAAAUCAGGCCUCAGUGUGUAUGGAGAGAGAGGAGGAUGCCAGAAUUCUGCUCAGGUGUAAAAACAUGAAAAUUCAUGGGCAGUUGGUCAGCAUUUACAUGGAGAAAGAUUCCGAACAUGAUCAAAAGAAAUAUGUCAAGACUGACAAAAAAGAUAUUAAAGAGGCCCAUUCCGCAAAAGCAAAAGAGUCUACAAAUGCCAAGACACCUCAAGCCACCAAGGGAAAACCGAGUGACUCCAAAAAAACAGUUCAAACGGUUAAAACUAAAUCUGCUGUUAAACCCCCUGCCAAGGGAUCAGAAACUGCUGUUGUCAAGAAUGUCAUGAAGAAGGAAAUCCCUUGGAGAAAAAACAUAAUAGAGAUCACCGAUCUUCCAGAGAAAGGGUAUACUGAGGAUGACCUUACAAAUCUUGCCAAACCAUUUGGCCUAACUUCUACUCCUGUGAUAGCAAUCACUCAGAAAAGGGCUUACCUGCAAAUGCCUGACAUGAGUGCAGCUGAAGCAAUGGUGAAGGCUUUCGCUGAGACCCCAGCAGAAGUGCAAGAGAAAGAAAUAAACAUCAAGAUGAUGACGCGUCCGAUUGACCUGAACUACACGGAGUCACUAUUCAGAGUACUGGUGGGCAUGGAGAAGUCACCUGAAAUCGUCACAUUACCAGAACGUCUUCUCAUCGUCGGUAAUGUUCCAAAAACUCUUGAGGCAGUCAAGGAAGUAGAGACCCUAAUCCAGAAGAAUGGUGCUUACAAGAAGGUUUUGCAUCUGAAUGGCAGGAUCAUUUUUGAAAUGGAGAGUGCCGCAAUCGCUAGGAACGUCUACAUUCGCUUUCUAAAGAAUCCUUGUACUGUCCAGAACAAUUCCCUCACCUUCCAAAUGGCCAAACCUCUUAAGCUGAAAAAGAAGCCAGAUCUGAAGGGAGCACCACCCGUUAAGUCAGCUAAAGGAAAAAUUAUUGUUUCUAAGGUUAAAAAGACCGUUUCUGCAGCAGCAGGUGUUUCUACUGCUUCUCCAGCAAAAAGUGCUCCUUCUUCAAAAGCAAACCCUACAGUCAGCACAGCUAAUGCCCUGAACAAAAAAACUCCAGCUAUUAAAAUAGACCAAGCCAUCUCCAAUAAAUCAGUUAUGCCUAAAAAAGAAGUUGUGGUCAAAAGCACAAGUGAUGAAGCAAAAUUGGAUGCUGCUGUUGAAAAUACUGCUGGAAAUAUUGCGGUUCCCAGUGACGUCAAAGUUAAUAUGUCUGCUAAUGCAAAAACAACUAAUCCUGAAAGUAUAGUAGAGGGAAGCUUAAAUGUUACCAAAACUGAAAAGAAAACCCCUGAGGUGGAGUCCGAGGCGGUGGCACCAGAGGACGAGUCCGAGGCGGUGGCGCCAGAGGACGAGUCCGAGGCGGUGGCGCCAGAGGACGAGUCCGAGGCGGUGGCGCCAGAGGACGAGUCCGAGGCGGUGGCGCCAGAGGACGAGUCCGAGGCGGUGGCGCCAGAGGACGAGUCCGAGGCGGUGGCGCCAGAGGACGAGUCCGAGGCGGUGGCGCCAGAGGACGAGUCCGAGGCGGUGGCGCCAGAGGACAUAAAAACAGAAUCCUCAGGUUCCACUUGGGAAUCUACAGUAUCGAUAAAGUCUGGUGAAGCAAAGCCUGAACUUGGAUCCACUGUUCCCACUUUGGAAUCUGCCAUUGCAGAUAAGUCCGUGACGACAGAGCUUGAUUUAGGGUCAUCAGCUCCUAUUGAUAAUACUGCAACUGCAAUUACUGCAAAUCAAUCAAGCAAUUCACUCAUAAACGGUCAAGAGAUCCUGAUAUCUGAAGGUGUUUCUAAAGAAUUUGGUUUUAUAUCUGUGUACAACAGUGAUGUUUAUCAUGAAAAGUUAGCAGACAGGUAUGUUGAGUUCAUGUCAGAUAUGGAGGUUGGUGCUUCUGCUAGCAGUGAAACAACUGCAGUAGAGGCCAUGGAGACACGGAGUCCAGGAGAGUCAGAAGUACAGGAGAUGAAGACUGAGAAUCAGGAGCAAGUGAGUGACUUGAAACCAUCUGAACCUUUAGAGACCGACAUUAAAUCUCAAUCGGCUGUCCAAAGCCCUGUUCUUGAGAAGAAUGUUGUCUCUGAGGUUGCACUAGAAUCAGACUCAACAGGUGCAGAUUCUGCUUUUGCCUUACCAUCUUCUGACCAAAAUGUCAGCGAUUCACCUAUCAAAGUUGUAUCUUCUUCAAACAGUUCCCCAACAGUGCCUGGGGCCUUUGAUGACACAAUUUUGGAGUUUCCUCCUGUUACGCAGGAGAUUUUGAAAGCCCUUGAAUUAGCAGUUCAUCAGUGUCGCUUGCAGUCUUCAUUGAGACGUGCAGAAGAGGAAGCCAAACAAAAAGCAGAAAGUGAGAAAAAAGCUACAGAAAAAACAACCAGCAAGGUCUCAUCAAGCUCCAAGAACGCCUCUUCUUCAACUGAGAAAUCUACCCAAGCAUUUAAAAGAACCACCAGAGCUGAUAACAAAAACGUGCAGUCUGAGAAAGAGAAAUUGUCUCAGAAUUCGGGAUCCAGAGGCAAGCAUGUCAGUAGCUCUUCUCCAGAGACUGAGGCAGCUUCUAGGCACAGAAGCAGGGGAAACUCUGAUGAAGAUGCCCCCUCUUCCAGGCGCGGAGGGUCUUUGGGGUCAUCCUCUCGGAAGAGCAGACAAGAUUCUCCACCAUCAAAGAGAUCAAGGGGGCAUGAUGAUGAUCGCAGGACUCACAAUAAAAGCUCUAAGUCGUCAAAGAGUCACUCAAAAUCAAGGACAAUCGAAGAGGCAAAAGAGGAUGAAAAGAAAUUGUCUGAAGAAACAUUUCCCAUUGACUUUGAUGAAUUUGUGACGGUUGAUGAAGUAGGAGACGAAGACACUUUAGCCUUGAGCUCAGAACCUUUAACCAAGGAUGAGAAAUCUGAGGAGGAAUCUAGUCCCCUCUCUACCACCUCUUCCAUUGCAAAAUCGCCUACAGCAAAUAACUUGCAACAAAAGAGAUUGUCCAGAUCUAUAACUUCCAAGACCAAGCCAUCUGAAAUGGAGAACCCUGAAGUUAUCGACUCUGCACAGAAAAUGGAAACAGAGGCUGAAAUAACCAAACAAGUUGCAGAGCCUGUGAUAUCUCAAACACAUCAAGAGUGUAAGCCUCAGGAAGAGAGUAUAGAUAAUCAGAUUAAAACAGUUGGGAUGGAAACUCCUGUUGUUCAGGGUGAGGCAACCCAGCCUUAUACUGGAACAGAAGCUUCAGCAAAGAUUGGACCCAAUGUUGAUAUAGGGACCUUGAAAGAAAGCAUUGAAGUUGGGUCCUCAGAUCAAGAACAUCAAAGUCGGCCUGUUUCUUCCUCCUCUCCCCAGUUUGAAAGUGGCCUGUCAAAUUCUGAAGAAAUGUCAAAUGGCCAUGCAAAGCAGUCUGAUCCCCUUGGUGCCAACACAGAGGAUAAAGAUAAGGUGACCUUGACCUCUGAACUUGCCUCCCAUGGGCCAAUGGUGACUCUUGAUGAAGUCUGUGAGGGUGAGGAAGAACUUGGUCAAACAGAUGAGAAACGGCAGUUGAAGCCUGAUGAUGUACCCGAAACACUUUUGACUGUUAAUGAGUUUGUUGGAGAUGAUGAAACCGGGGUUGAGGAAUACCCACUGGACAAAGAACUUCAAGGACUUGUCACGCUUGAUGAGAUUGUUGAAGAGGAGGAAGAGUUUGAUUCCUUUAAUCCUGAGACACUGGUCACACUCGAUGAGGCCAAAGGUGAUGAUGAAGAGAUUGAAGAAGUGGAUCAAAGGAAGGUCAAGCGUACCAGCUCCAACAUCAUCAAUUUCCCCAGACCAGAAGAGCACUUGGAAUCAAUCAAGCAAGAAGAGGAAGCCUGUGACUUAGAUGAGCUCCGUAAGAUGAACUUUGUAACUGUGGAUGAAGUAGGGGAGGAGGAAGAGGAACAACAACGCAGUGAAGAAGUCAAGGAAAAAGAUGUAAAAAAGAGACCUAGAAGGGGCAAAAAGAGAGCCCGCCAAACCCCCGUGAGGAGAUCGACGCGGGGUAAAAGAGGGGUGACAUCCAGUGACAAAGAGGCAGAUCAGCCUCAGAUAAGUGCAGAAGGUGACCAAGUAUCAGCUUCCAUACAAGAGAGCCUUACUGUAGUAGACCCCGUUGACGUUAAGCCAGAAUCCCAAAAAGUUGAAAUUGUGAGUGCUCUAGAUGCAUCAAGCACAGAAGCCGUCUCCUCAGGGACAGACGAUGAGCAUUCAAGAAGCAAAGAUGACAACAUCACAAAGUCCGAAAGAGCUCUUAUUGAAACACCCGUCUCUGACAAAAAUGCAACACCCAAAGAAGAGUCCAAAACAAGACGAGAGACAGACCCAAGCCAAGAAGCUGAGGCCAAGAAAAUUCGGUGUCAUUCCCCUUUGAUUGAAGACUUCGCCUUGCCUCCAUUUAUCCCAAACAACCCUAUUGGAGUUGACUUCGUGGUACCAAAGACGGGUUUCUUCUGCAGACUAUGUUCGCUUUUCUAUGGAAAUGAAGAAACUGCCAAGAACACUCACUGUAGUAGUCUACGGCAUUACCAGAACAUGGAGAAAUAUUAUAAGAAGCUUAAGACUCAGCAGCAGGCUGGCAGCUCAACACAGAUGACAUCCAGUCAGAGUUCUGCAUCCGAAUAACCCAUUUUAACUCUUUUUUUUUUUUUGCAUUGAUGUUAUGAAAUGGGUCCUUUUGUUCUUGUUUAGAAUGACAUUCAGUGGCUCAUACUAAAUAAAGAGAAUGCAUUACGUAUUCAGAUGUGUGUCUGUGUAUAUAGUUUGAUGUCUGAAAGCUCAAUAAUGUUAACUUUAUAAUAAUACAAAAAUGAGCAAUUACAGAAUUUUCUUGUUAAGCUUUGGUUUCAAUUAAUAAUAAAUUUCUUCCUGAUUAAA